AUGGCCACCGCCUCCCAGACACAGGACAAGGAUGGCACCACGUUCAUUGAACACUCUGCCAGCCUCGAACCGGGCAUCACGGUGGAGAAGACACUUACAGAUGCAGAAGUCACCGGCAAGCUUGACAGCAUCACCACCUCCAUGGCCCACCAGGGCACCCACACGGAACACGAGCUCACCUAUCUUGAAGCGUUGAAGAUCUACCGUAAAGGUGCCUUCUGGUCGAUAUUUUUCUCUCUGUCCAUCAUCAUGCGCGCCUACGACAUUGAGAUCACCGGAAACUUCUUCGCCCUCCCAUCGUUCCAAAAUCAUUUUGGCCGCGAAGUUCCUGGUCAUGGCUACCAGAUCCCUGCCGACUGGCAGGUCGCUAUGUCUAUGGGUUCCCUCGUUGGUCAGAUAAUCGGUGCAUACAUUGUUGCAAUCCCAAUGGAGAAGAUUGGGCGCCGGAAAACAUUGGCUAUAUAUCUCCUGUUGACCUCCGCGUUGGUGUUCAUGCAGGUCUUUGCUCCAAACAUUCAGGUCUUGACAACAAGCAUGUACUUGUCGGGCAUUAUCUGGGGCGGAUACUGUGUCCUUGCCCCAACCUAUGCUUCGGAGUGUCUUCCAAUGAAACUCCGAGGGUUCUUGACCGGAUAUAUCAACCUGUGCUAUGUCAUGGGCCAGUUUAUCCAGACGGGGAUCACGAGGGGGUUCAUCAACAGAGUGGACAAGUGGGCAUACAAAAUACCCUAUUGCAUACAAUGGGCAUGGCCGAUAAUCAUCCUCCCGGGAUUGCUCUGGGCCCCCGAAAGCCCCUGGUGGCUUGUGCGUCAGCAUAAGAUGGAGGAAGCAGAGCGCUCCCUUAAGAGACUGUCGGAAGAGCACGAGAAGGUGGAAGCGACAAACACUCUGGCUAUGAUGGUGAAAACCGAUCUGUAUGAGCGCGAGGUCGAAGUCGGCACCACUUACAUGGACUGCUGGAAGGGCCCAAAUCGCAGGAGGAUGGAGAUUUGCAUCAUGCUCUUCGUCAUCCAGAACUUCUCAGGCAACCCGGUGGGCUUUGCGACUUAUCUUUUUGAGCAAGUUGGCUUGAGUGCCAAACACUCGUUUGAUAUGGGCCUUGGACUCAACGGCCUUGGAUUCCUCGGGACUCUUGCAUCUGCCAUCCCUCUCAUCUACUUUGGAAGGCGCAUCUGUUACAUGGCAGGUCUAGGCUACGUCAUCGUCAUUCUGUUCGUCGUGGCCUUUAUGUGUCUUGCGUCGGACUAUGCAAGCAACCCAGCGUACUCUUGGGCGCAAGCAGCGCUCUUGUGCACCCUACAGUUUGUGUGGCAGAUGACGCUCGGUCCGCUUACCUACGUUGUGGUGUGCGAAACUCCGUCCACGAAACUCAGGUCGAAGACGAUAGCUUUGGCCACGAUGAUCGAUGCAGCAACUGGCCUCGUCACUACAGUGAUUGGUCCUUACCUCCUCAAUCCUGGCGCGGCCAACGCUGGGGCCAAGAUCGAGUUUUUGUACGGCGGUAUCUCCAUCAUCUCGCUCACAUGGUGCUUCUUCCGUCUUCCAGAGACUAAGAAUCGGACUUUCGAAGAGUUGGAUAUCUUAUUCGAGAGACGGGUGCCGGCACGAGAAUUCAAGGGUUAUGUUAUUGAACAGGCUGAUGAGUAG